GGGAAACAAAAUGUUUCAAUGCUACACUCAACGGCGGAUUUAGGGGGGAGAUAUUAUGAGGCUGGUGUCAUUAGGCGAUAGCCAUUGAAUCAUUCAACCUUUUUUACUUGCCGUAUUUUUCGGUUUUUCUUUUUCUCGAUAAUUUUCUUUCUCUCUCAGGUCAUUUCCAUGGUUUUCAGAUCCCCUUUAGAGCUUUAUCCCUCCCAUUUCUUCCUGCCUAACUUCGCUGAUCGCCCACUGCUCGUGGCGAACAGCGCUCCCAGCAGCAGGUCUCCGGAAGACUUGUCCAUGUUUCAGCUACCGACCCUCAACUUCUCCCCGGAGCAGGUGGCGAGCGUCUGCGAGACGCUGGAGGAGACCGGGGACAUCGAGAGGCUGGGCCGCUUCCUGUGGUCGCUGCCCGUGGCUCCGGGAGCCUGCGAGGCGAUCAACAAGCACGAGUCCAUCCUGCGCGCCCGGGCCGUGGUGGCUUUCCACACGGGGAAUUUCCGAGACCUCUACCACAUCCUGGAGAACCACAAGUUCACCAAGGACUCGCACGGCAAACUGCAGGCCAUGUGGCUGGAAGCGCACUACCAGGAGGCCGAGAAGCUGCGCGGCCGCCCGCUCGGACCGGUCGACAAGUACCGGGUGCGGAAGAAGUUUCCGCUGCCUCGGACCAUCUGGGACGGGGAGCAGAAGACGCACUGUUUCAAAGAGCGGACGCGGAGCCUGUUGAGAGAGUGGUACCUGCAGGACCCGUAUCCGAACCCCAGCAAGAAAAGGGAACUGGCUCAAGCCACAGGACUCACUCCCACACAGGUCGGAAACUGGUUUAAAAACCGGAGGCAACGAGACAGAGCCGCGGCAGCCAAAAACAGGCUCCAACACCAAGCAAUAGGACCGGGCGGUAUGAGGUCCCUCUCAGAGGCCGGCCUCACCCCUCACAGCUCGGCAGAGUCGCCUUCGACCGCGGCCAGUCCCACCACCAGCGUUUCCAGUAUGACAGAGAGAGUUGAUACUGGGACGUCCAUCCUGUCCGUCACAUCCAGUGACUCAGAGUGCGAUGUAUGAUACGGAGGAAAAAAAACAACAAACAAACAAAAACAAACAAACAAAAAACACAAGAACAAACAAAAAGAGAAAUAUUUACAGGGAAAAUGGACCUGAAAAAAAAGACUUAUGAAAUAUGGCGGAUGAAAAAAAGGACUGACUGAUAUAAAUAUUAAAAUAAAAGAGAUAAAAGCACGUCGUUUUUUUUUAUUCUUAUUAAAAGCGCUUUCAAAGGACCCACGCCUGCCCCUCCUCUUCAUACCCCCACACUUCCACCACUACUAGACUACUUGCAUGAUGGUUUUUAUUUUUCAUUUUGUAAUCAGGGGAAACCUGAAUGCAAGAUUUUCCAUCAGGAACAUCGACCAGAGGGAAUAAAAACGGCUCGUCUUGGUGUUUUCACCGCACCUUUUUCUUUUUCUUUCCCAUCUACGGUUUUAGUCGAAGUGAUCAUGAUGAUGAUGAUGAUGAUGAUGAUGAUGAUGAUGAUGAUGAUGGCGAUGAUGAUGAUGAUGAUGAUGAUGGCGAUGAUGAUGAUGAUGAUGAUGGCGAUGAUGAUGAUGAUGAUGAUGGUUAUGAUGAUGAUGAUGGUGAUCAUGAUGAUGAAGGUGAUGAUGAUGAUGGUGAUGGUGACGGUAACGGUGAGGAAGCCGCCGUGCAGACAAGAUGCAAUGCUGUUUUUUUGCUUUGUGUUCAUCAGACAAUCAUUUUAAGUCGUAAGCACCUUUUUUAAUACACUACUGUCACUGCCUGUGUGGGGUACAUGGUCAAAAAUAUGUUGAACGGAUCCGUUUAUGACUGUAUCAGAUUUUUAUUUUUAUUUUCAAAAUUUUAUAUUGAAUUAUGUAUAUCUCAAAUAAUGCGAUCAUUCUCCCGGUCUGUAAUAUACGUGUAGAAAUAUGCUUGUACAUAAUUAAUGCUCUCCCCCCUCCCCGUGUCAUCCUCUUUUCUAUCCCUUUCCUCACUUUUCUUGACUUGGUGUU